GAAGCCGCGGCACUCGGCGCUUAUAGGGCCUGGAAUGGGGGUGCCACCGCCACCUAGUCAUCCCUGCGUUCGUCCAAUCUCUCCCGCGGCCGCGCAGUCGUCGCGGCGCCCCCGCCCAGUCCUCCGUCCGCACCGCCCCCGGAGCCGGCCGGUGGGGCAGGGAGCAGGGCCGAGUCCCCGCCAUGCCGGUCCGGCGUCUGCUGCUGCUGCUGGCGCUGCUGCUGCCCGGCCCUGGGAUUUUUGCAAGUACCAGCACAGUGACUUUGCCUGAAACCUUGCUGUUUGUGUCAACCUUGGAUGGAAGUUUGCACGCUGUCAGCAAGAGGACAGGCUCAAUCAAAUGGACUUUAAAAGAAGAUCCAGUCCUUCAGGUCCCAACACACGUGGAGGAGCCUGCCUUCCUUCCAGAUCCCAAUGAUGGAAGCCUGUAUACACUUGGGGGCAAGAAUAAUGAAGGCUUGACGAAACUUCCCUUUACCAUCCCAGAGUUGGUACAGGCAUCCCCAUGCCGAAGCUCAGAUGGAAUCCUGUACAUGGGUAAAAAGCAGGACAUUUGGUACGUCGUUGACCUCCUGACUGGUGAGAAGCAGCAGACUUUGUCGUCAGCCUUUGCAGAUAGUCUCUGCCCGUCAACCUCGCUUCUGUAUCUUGGACGAACAGAAUACACUAUCACCAUGUAUGACACCAAAACCCGAGAGCUUCGCUGGAAUGCCACCUACUUUGACUACGCAGCCUCCCUGCCUGAGGAUGAUGGGGACUAUAAGAUGUCCCAUUUUGUGUCCAAUGGCGAUGGCCUGGUGGUGACUGUGGACAGUGAAUCUGGGGAUGUCCUGUGGAUCCAAAACUAUGCCUCCCCUGUAGUGGCCUUCUACGUCUGGCAGCGGGAGGGUCUGAGGAAGGUGAUGCACAUCAACGUUGCUGUGGAGACCCUACGCUACCUGACCUUCAUGCCCGGGGAGGUGGGCCGCAUCACCAAGUGGAAGUACCCAUUUCCCAAGGAGACCGAGGCCAAGAGCAAGCUGACGCCUACCCUGUAUGUUGGAAAGUACUCCACCAGCCUCUACGCCUCCCCCUCUAUGGUGCAUGAGGGGGUCACCGUUGUGCCCCGAGGUAGCACUCUUCCUUUGUUGGAAGGCCCCCAGACGGAUGGUGUCACCAUUGGGGACAAGGGAGAGUGUGUGAUCACACCCAGCACAGACCUCAAGUUUGACCCUGGGCUCAAAGGGAAGAGCAAGCUCAAUUACUUGAGGAAUUACUGGCUCCUGAUAGGACACCAUGAAACCCCACUGUCUGCAUCCACCAAGAUGCUGGAGAGAUUUCCCAACAAUCUGCCCAGACACCGGGAAAAUGUGAUUCCUGCUGACUCGGAGAAAAAGAGCUUUGAGGAAGUUAUCAACCUGGUUGACCAGACUUCAGAAACUGCACCCACUGCUGUGUCUCAGGAUGUGGAGGAGAAGUUGGCUCGUGCUCCUGCCAAGCCUGAGGCCCCUGUGGACUCCAUGCUCAAGGACAUGGCCACCAUCAUCCUGAGUACCUUCCUCCUGGUCGGCUGGGUGGCCUUCAUCAUCUCCUACCCCCUGAGCAUGCACCAGCAGCGGCAGCUCCAGCAUCAGCAGUUCCAGAAGGAGCUGGAGAAGAUCCAGCUCCUGCAGCAGCAGCCGCCGCCCUUCCACCCACCUGGAGAGUUGACACAGGACACUGAGCUCCUGGACACGUCCAGCCCUUACUCAGAGAGCUCAGGGACCAGCAGCCCCAGCCCAUCCCCGAGAGCCUCCAACCACUCACUGCAUUCCAACAGCUCUGCCUCUAGGGCUGGCACCAGCGGCUCCCUGGAGCAGGAUGAUGAGGGUGAGGAAGCCAGUAUGGUGAUAGUUGGAAAAAUUUCAUUCUGCCCCAAAGAUGUGCUAGGCCAUGGAGCUGAGGGCACCAUUGUGUACAGGGGCAUGUUUGACAGCCGCGAUGUGGCUGUGAAGAGGAUCCUUCCCGAGUGUUUCAGCUUUGCCGACCGUGAAGUCCAGCUGCUGCGAGAAUCAGACGAGCAUCCCAAUGUGAUCCGCUACUUCUGCACAGAGCGGGACCGGCAGUUCCAGUACAUUGCCAUUGAGCUGUGUGCAGCCACCCUGCAGGAGUACGUGGAGCAGAAGGACUUCGCCCACCUUGGCCUGGAGCCCAUCACCUUGCUACAGCAGACCACCUCAGGCCUGGCAUAUCUCCACUCCCUCAACAUUGUUCACAGAGAUCUGAAGCCCCACAACAUUCUCCUCUCCAUGCCCAAUGCACAUGGGAGGAUCAAGGCCAUGAUCUCUGACUUUGGCCUCUGCAAGAAGUUAGCAGUGGGCAGGCACAGUUUUAGCCGCCGUUCUGGGGUCCCUGGCACCGAAGGCUGGAUCGCUCCAGAGAUGCUGAGUGAAGACUGCAAGGAGAACCCUACCUACACGGUGGACAUCUUCUCCGCGGGCUGUGUCUUUUACUAUGUCAUCUCUGAGGGCAGCCACCCUUUUGGCAAGUCCCUGCAGCGGCAGGCCAACAUUCUCCUGGGCGCCUACAGUCUUGACUGCUUCAACCCGGAGAAGCAUGAAGAUGUCAUCGCACGUGAGUUGAUAGAAAACAUGAUCGCGAUGGAUCCCCAGCAGCGGCCUUCAGCGAAGCGCGUGCUGAAACACCCCUUCUUCUGGAGCGUGGAGAAGCAGCUCCAGUUCUUCCAGGAUGUGAGUGACCGGAUAGAAAAGGAAUCCCUGGAUGGCCCGAUUGUGAGGCAGUUGGAGAGAGGCGGGCGAGCCGUGGUGAAGAUGGACUGGCGGGAGAAUAUCACCGUGCCCCUCCAGACAGAUUUGCGUAAAUUUAGAACCUACAAGGGUGGCUCCGUCAGAGAUCUCCUGCGAGCCAUGAGAAACAAGAAGCACCACUACCGGGAGCUCCCUGCGGAAGUGCAGGAGACGCUGGGCUCCCUCCCCGAUGACUUCGUGCGCUACUUCACGUCACGCUUCCCCCACCUCCUGUCACACACCUACCGUGCCAUGGAAUUGUGCAGCCACGAGAGACUCUUCCAGCCCUACUACCACGAGCCCCCGGAACCCCAGCCCCCAGUGACUCCAGAUGCCCUCUGAACUAGGGCGACUCCUCUAUUCUGGUGGCUGCAGCCAUGACAACAGGUCUGGUCUCUGUAGUCCAGAGCUUGACACCACCCCAGCUUAGCAGAGAGACCAGCUUCCCAAACCGAGUGCCUUGAGCUGCCCCCUCUGCAGCCAGCAGAGGAUAGUGCCAACCCCAGGAAGUGGGAGAAGCAGCCUCGAGACCUCCGAGGAGUGGGGAGGAAGUUGGCCUUGGAAGCUGCUCUCUAGUUUAGAGACACCUACAGGCAGGCUCGGCACAGAGGCUGUGAAAGGAGCCCUGCUGACCUUCUGCUGGGUGAGCUGACCUGCUGGAUGAGGUCACCCUGACUUCCGUCUCUGUAAAAUCCCUGUUUGAUGGAGGUCUGUGGGCCUUUCAGGAAGGGAGUGGAAGAAUCCUAGGUUUUGCCUGCUGGGCCCAGCUAUGCUAGGAUGUAGGAAGUACAGCCUUUGCUAGAAGCAGGCUCCAGUGGUGAGAGAUACGGAGGAGAAUGACAUUCAGAGGUAUUCUGGGGGCAGAAGGUGCCUCACUGAUCACAAAUGUGCCCACAGCCUCCCAGCUUACUGAUAACAGUGUUUCCUUAGGUAGCGAAGCCAGUGGUUAGGGACUGGCCAGCAAUGGUUGUGGACGGUUGAGACAGGUCUGUGGGUCUCUGGAAGGUGAAGAGGGUGCUGUGUUCAGAGGCAGUGCUAGCUCAGAACGCUGGUGACCUGGCAGGUGGAGCAAGAGAAAGAGUUCCCUGCCACCAGUAAGGGCAGCUGAGACCACACAGGGACCCGUCUUCAGGAUGAGAGGGUCCGAAUGGGAGCCUCCAAGCCAUCCCGAGAAGAUCCUGAACCAGUUGUGGGGGAUACGGCUGCUCUGUCUCUGGCCAGCAGGUCUGGACGCAUAUGGCAAAGCAGGAGCCUGGGGGUUGGGAGCCAAGGCCAGAGUCACUGUGGGCUUUGUGGGCCAGCUUUUAUGUUUCUCCUGGCAAAUUUUAAUGGCUAUAUUUCGAUCGCAUUGUAGAAUGCUAUGAUAGCAUAAGUAACUGAACAUGAACCCACUUAUGAAGAAGAAAUGCAAGAUACAGUGUCCUCGAUUUUGAGUGGUACCAAAAAUCUCCACCCCCUCAAGUGUAUUCCAUUUAGAAUACUCUCUGAUGCUGAAGGGUAAAACAUUCUAGCAACACUAUGUCUGAGUUAAUGUCAAAGUAAUGUUCCCUGAGUUACACCACUACGCUUUUUUCUCUAAAAUCAGUAUAAUUUUAAACUUUGGUUUCAGUCAAAACUCCUUCUCCCUGCUGAAGGCCUCAGAGGUCAGGGUGCAGAGGGUCCGUGGGAGGAAGUGCUGUGUGCCUGCUUCCUCCCGCUGCGAGGCCACUGCCAUCCAGUCCGGGCAAGCGGAGUCUCAGCUCCAUUGUUUCCAAGGAAGAGUGGCAUCGGCAGCUUUGGGCACCGACAGGAGUCAUUCCUGCUUCCUCCUGGAAUAUUUCUGAUUGUGUUUGUGUCAGGGACCACACAUCCAAAGUUUGUUCUGCCUUUGAAGGAUUUAUUUCUGCUUUCAUAAAGGCCAGAGUGACCUUUUCUUAGUAUCAAUAUGAUCUGAUCUUGCAUCUUUAAACCUCAAGAAUGACCCUGCUUCCGCCUUGGACAGCCUUUCCCUUGGCCUCCUCGGCGUCUCCUGCCACAUGGUCCGUCUCCCAGGGACACAGCCGGGUUGUUCGCGCUUGCUUUGAUGCACCUGCGCCGUCUCUGCCUUCUGCCACCCUCCACGUGCUCCGUGUGCUUUGCCUGGGGGUCGGAGGGACAGCCCAGGGGAGUGUCAGGAGGUGUAGGAGGUGCCAUGUGUCCCCGGACAGGACUGCCAUGGGGACCGCUGCCGCCUUGUUCCUGUGGCUGAGUUUUUCCUCCAGGAAGUGCUGUGUGAUUUCUACUGGCCCAGUUUGUUGUCAUUUCCAUAUUUUUAGCCCAAUUUGCCUGGAGACAGAUUUUUUUUUGGUCCUUUUCUACUCGUCACAUUCAUUUCUCACCAUCCAAAUUUCCCACACUCCUUUACUCAGCAUAUUUUAUUUGAGGGUUUACUGUAUUGAAGUGAGUAGGGAAACUGGAGAGCCUGACAGCCAGCCUCUGUGUUUGUCAGGCUUCCUGUGCAGAAGCCCGCAGCAAAUAGCACUGCGCUACACAGAAUCAAGCAGGCGGGAAAAGGCACGUGUUCGCGGUUUGCACAACUUCUGCCUUAAAAUGUCCAAGACUGUCCAAGAUUCUGUCGGCUCUGCUCAGGUCACCUUCUGUGUCUUCUCUGCUCACAUUCAGGGACCCAGCACUGGUCAGUCAGGUCUGUCUGAAGGGUUCUUAAGACAUUUGUUUUGAAAACAUCUUGGACACCAUCUGGUGUAUCCCAUUUGAGUCUAGAAUUCCAGUUUCCCAUUGUGCUCUCUCAGGGGAAGCUUUGUGCCUCUGUAGUUCAAGCUCUAGGGCUUCUGUGAGUCCUGGGAGGCUGUUUAACGUUUUAGGAGUUGAGUGUCUCCAUCUGAGGACUGAGCUGUAUGUGUUAGGAAUCGGAGAACCUUGUAAUUUAUUCAGGUCUUGUCUUGAGCCAUGUGUGGAACUCUUCCAUCCCAUGUGCCAGAAUUUCUGUCAUUGCUUCUUGAGCCUUUGGUUUCAGUUGUUGAAAAGUGCUGCAUGUCCCUAGGCACCAGAGCAUUUGCACUUUCAAGAACACUGGUAUCCCCUGAUCAGUCACAAGAGCAUCUGGUGGCUGGACGUGAAUCCUGGGCGCAGCGGCCCCCUGCUCUUGGGGCAGUUAUGUCUCAUGCAGGAUCUUCUGUGAGAUGGCACUGGUCAGUCACAGACCAACACUGGACAGUGGCCCAGCAAAAUGCUUUCUUCCCAGCCUCUAGAGAGGUUUGUGUGUGUUCAGUAAUCCAGUUACCACUGGUAGUCAGUCCCUUCUUACCGCAGUAAGAGUGAGUAAUUGGCUACUGAGAGAAACUUCCACAGACGCAGCCUGGGUGUUGCUGGCCUCUGCCCUCCUGGCCACUCUCUUUUCAGCAGUGGACUUUGUCCGAGGGUGGUUUUCCCUGUGUUUCCGUUCUCCAUCUGUUCACUGGAUCCUUGUUCUUUGUUUUCAUUAUUCACUGGUCAGAAGAUAGGAGAGCUGGAAGGAUGAGCAGAUGCAGCAGCGCUGGGAGGACCCUUUGGGCCCCCAUUCGCCCUUCUCUCCGUUCUUUGGCUUUGGAAGCGGCAUCUGUGUUUCCCGGUGCGUCUCUCCCUGGCUCCGGGUGCAGUGGUGUCACUGACUGUGGCCUGGCCUCGGCCUUUUCUGGAAGGAGGUCAUCAGCCAUCCUAUGCAGGGCGCCCAGCUUCUUCCUUCCAGGAUUGGAUCCUUAAUCUUUUAAGCCAAAGUAUCUAUUCUUUUCUUGUUCUUUGUUGCCUUUAUGAAGCAGUAAUUUUCCAUGAAUGACUCUGGCUCUGAUUUUUUUUUUUCAACAUCUCAAUCCUGUCUGUAUUCAUUGGAAGACGACAAAGGAUGUACCUGCCAUGAGCCUCCCUUUGGAGCAGCCUGCACCCGCUGCCAGCUAGAGUCCCCACUACUUGGCGUUGCCUGUGUUCCUGUCUCUUGGGUACGGUAUUCCUUCCCAGCGUCCCUAGGUCUGUGCCGGAGAGUUCCUGCUCACCUACGCAUUACCGGUCAGCUGUGUGGCAUUCUCACAUGUGAACCUUGUGGAGUGUUCUUUUUUGCAAUGACCUAUUUAUUGAACCUAUUUAUAUUUAUUUAAUUUUUACUCUGAAGCAUAUCUAGUUACAUUUGCACUUGCUUAAAAGCACAUCAGAUCUGGUUUGGACAGCACCCCUGACCAUUUUAAAACUGGAAAAGGAAGAGUUAUACUGUAUCCUUCCAUGGCAUAAAUGUUUUGUCUUUAGUGGGUGAAUAAUCUGGUCAGGGUAAAAUGCUAAUUCUUAGGUGAUUUUUUUUUAAUCGUGUGCCAUUGUGUCUUCUCUGUGGAUGGUUGUUUUAAUUGGUAUGUGUUAAUUGUGAUAAAAUCCUAUUUGUGGAACCUAAGAUUCUCUUUUUAGCUUUAUAUUUUAUAAACUGCCAGAUUUUUAUGUGUAUUUUUAUGUGUAUUUUUAAAGUUUGAUGAUAUGAGGGUCAUUAUCUAAAGUUAAAAGGCCUAUUUUUGUACCUCUUGUACAGUUUUAUAAUUCUGCUGAUUGAUGACGGCAUCUUACGUUGAGCCAACUACAAAUAAAGGUAGUUUUAGAUUUGA